AUGACAGAGGAUAACUAUCGACCUCGCUCUCCUGAUUUCUCUCUUCCUCCUCCUCAACAACCUCACAUCCUUGCGAGUCCGGUCACCUCGUAUACUUCGCCAUUCUUCAAUUCGUACCAACAAUACCAACGCCCGAAUCCCGGUCGCGUGUCUCAGCAGUACGUCCCACCAUAUCAACCAGACUCGGAUAUGGCACGCCGCUCAAGCCGACUCGCUCAAUCUGAACAUAUUCCUGCCCCUGAGCCUAUGCCCGAAGCCAUUCAACCAAUGCCAGAGCCAAUUGCUAUGGCGCCAGUUGCAAUCAAACCAGAGAUACACCAAGAAAUGCAAGAGUUGCCGCCGGCACCCACUAGUGCGGGGAUUGAAGUAAAGACCAAGUUUCCCGUGGCACGUAUCAAGCGCAUUAUGCAGGCCGAUGAGGAUGUCGGCAAGGUCGCUCAAGUGACACCAAUUGCUGUCUCCAAGGCCCUCGAGCUCUUCAUGAUAUCUCUCGUUACAAAGGCGGCGCAGGAAGCCAGAGACCGUAAUUCAAAACGCGUCACGGCCUCGCAUCUGAAACAGGCCGUUGCCAAGGAUGAAGUACUUGACUUCUUGGCAGACAUCAUCGCAAAGGUCCCUGACCAACCCGCUGGUCGGAAACACGAAGAUGAUGGGAGCGACCAGAAUGAGGGUCGCCGGAAGCGCGGCGGGCGGCGGCCAAAGGAUGAGAGCGAGCAAUCGGUAAUCCACGCCCGGACAUACAUUGAAAGACUCAACUCGAUCUUGAGCGAGGAAGCUCGCGGGCCCGCACCGCACCCCUGUGUCGCCUACGCCGCGUCUUCCCAGGUCUUUGUCACAGUGACCAAGCUCGCUCUCUCAUAUUACGAUGAAGGACUUCUCCGCUCGGCGACCAUUUUCUUUAAUACCUUGAUCGACGCGGAGGUGGAUGGAGUCGUGGAUAACCGAUUGUUCGCUCGCGCGUUGGUGGAUCUGGUUCGUCGCGCCGAGAAGAAGUCGACUGAGGUCGAGGGUCGACUCGUCGAAUUGCUCUUUGGGAUUGCGAACAACAUUCGUCUUCAGCCUGUUAUCUUGCCUGCUUGGUUCGUGCCUCGGGGAACACCCGUCGCCCAGGACAGUGACUCUCAAGCGCCGAGUGGGACGGAAUAUGCAGGAGCUACGAGGAAGGACGAAUUCCCUCUGUUCUAUUUGCUGGUAGAUUAUGUUCAUCAUGAUGGACGUGCUGGCGACUUUGCACGUACGGGGUUGCUCUACCUCAUUGAAACCGCAUCGCGGUCUAAGAAUCUAGAGAAGUGGCUUAUUGAGAGCGAUUUGGCCACACUAAUGGCCACGGGAUUGGGCGCGCUCUACAGCCAACUGGGAAAGUGA